UAUCGAUAGCCGAGCAGCAGAGGGCGGCACCGAUAUGACGGACUGUACCAGAAGUUUCUAUCGGUCCGUUUCAGCUGGUUUCGUGAACAACAUCAGGGGCAGCGGGGGCCCUCCUCCACCUGUUACCGAGCGAACGGGUUCUGCUGGAUUCUUCCGUGAUUCGAACUGUUAGCGAACGCAGGACUGAAAGUAGCUAGCGGGCUAAGCUAACGCCAAAGACUUCUUACAGCACUGAGGCUAACGGCUAGCGGCGAGCUGUCAGCGGGAUGUUCGGUUGUUUGGUCGCCGGCAGGUUGGUGCAGACGGACGCGGUGCAGGUCGCCUCGGACAAGUUCAUGUUCAACCUGCCGGACUACGAGAACGUGAACCAUGUGGUGGUGUUCAUGCUGGGCACGGUGCCGUUCCCCGCAGGAAUGGGCGGCGCGGUCUACUUCUCCUUCCCGGACCCGGCGAGCGGCGGCCCGGUGUGGCAGCUGCUCGGAUUCAUCACCAACGACAAACCCAGUGCCAUCUUUAAGAUCUCCGGGCUGAAGGCCGGGGUGGGUGGGGCGCACCCCUUCGGCUUGAUGGCCUCCUCGUCGCCCUCCGUCGCUCAGGUCGGCGUGUCGGUGGAGGCUCUGGAUCAGCUGGCCCAGCAGAUCCCGGUGUCCAGCGCCGCCGUGUCCACCGUGGACUCCUUCCUGCAGUUCACCCAGAAGAUGCUGGACAGUCUGUACAACUUCGCCUCGUCCUUCGCCGUGUCGCAGGCGCAGAUGACGCCGAACCCCACGGAGACCUUCAUCCCAUCCAGCUGCAUCCUCAAGUGGUAUGAAAACUUCCAGAGGAGGAUGGCGCAGAACCCGAACUUCUGGAAGAACUGAUCCGAGCGGAGACACCGGAGGAGAACUCUGAACUCUGAACACUGACUCUGCGUUUCCACAGUGCCUGAAAGUUCAAUAAAAGUCUGAAC